CGCGUGCGUCUCUUCCUGUCGCACCGGAAGUUGACCUCUAAGGUCUAAGUUUGAAGGUUCAAAGUGAAGUGCAGUGAGAAUGGUUGAGAGUAGUGAAGGAUCUGCGCCUAAACCCGAUGGGUUGGUGGGCAUGCGGCACGUCAUCGCAUUCCUGCUGUUCACAGCGACCACCGUCUCCUACGCCACUCGUGUCAGCAUGAGCGUCGGCAUCGUCGCCAUGACAGACAAGACCAGCCCCAACGAGUAUGGACAUAUGAUCUUCGACUGGGACACGAGUAUAAAGAACACGAUCUUGUCGUCCUUCUUCUGGGGCUACAUCAUCCUGCAAAUACCGGCUGGCAUGCUAGCCGGUCGGUUCGGGGGCAAGUUCCUGGUGUUCGGGGCUAUGACGCUGACUGGCGUCGUCAACUUGAUCCUGCCUAUAAGUGCUCAGCAUGGUGGGUGGAUAGCUGUCUGUAUAUGCCGAGUGGCCAUGGGUCUGACCCAGGGUCUGCUGUACCCGAGCAUCCACGGGUUACUGGGCCAUUGGGCGCCUGUCACGGAGAGGAGUCGACUUGGCACUUUUGUUUAUGCUGGCGCCCAACUAGGAACAAUCAUAGAGAUGACCACAGCCGGGUUCCUCUCAGCCAGUUCUUGGGGCUGGCCAUCUGUGUUCUACGUGGCUGGCAUCAUCUGCCUCGUAUGGUCGGUGCUGUGGAUCGUGCUGGGGGCUUCAGCUCCUGGCACCAGCAGGUGGAUAUCGAUCGAGGAACAGAAGUAUAUUGAAACGAAUGCUGCUUCAGAUGAACUGAAUAGCGAAAGUCUACCCACUCCUUGGAGGAGCAUUCUGACGUCGCUCCCGUUCUGGUCCAUCCUCAUCGCGCACUGCGGUCAGGGCCUGGGCUUCUGGACUCUCCUGACCGAACUGCCUUCGUACAUGAACAGCGUGCUUGGGGUCAAAAUUGAGCAUGGAGGCGUACUUUCAGCCUUGCCGUACAUAGCAAUGUACAUCCUGAGUUUCUUCUUCAGCUGGCUCUCAGACUUCCUCGUCAACCGCAACAUCAUCAGCUUAGUUGCUUCUAGGAAAAUCUUCAAUACCAUUGCCUUCUGGGGUCCAGCAGCAGCUCUACUGGGCCUGUCAUACCUCCCUGCGGGACACCUCACCCUGGCUGUUGUUAUCUUGACCAUCACUGUUGGCCUCAAUGGAGCUCACUAUGUCGGAUUCAUGCUGUCCCACAUCGACCUGUCCCCGAACUUCGCCAGUACCCUCAUGGGCAUCACCAACGGCUGCAGCGCCAUCUUCUCCAUCAUGGCGCCGCUUAGCGUAUCAGCUGUCAUUCAAGACGAGACUCUAGCCUCGGAAUGGAGGAAGGUGUUCCUGAUCUCAAUCGCCUUCUACUUCCUGGGGAACCUGUUCUUUGUUCUGUUCAUCUCGGGAGACAUCCAGAGCUGGAACGAGCCCGAGAACACCACUGGUGCUGUUGAGGAAGGAGUGAAGAGAAAACAAUCGGUUACCGUAAGAAGACCUAGCAUAGGGGAGCAGAAGUUCUAAAUGCUGUAUCGUUUUGUACAAAACUAGUCAUAGUUAAUUUAAUUUAUUGAUAAAAGAAUAUCUAGAAAUCCAGAAGACGAGUAAAAUAAAAAUAGCUUGGUUCAUUAAUAAAUUAAAUUAUCAUCACAAUGAUAAAAUUUAUAUCUUAUGAAACCUAACUAAAUCUUAAUGUUUAACAAUCAAAAUGUUUGAACCUACUCUCUAUAUCUAUUUAAAUGUGAUUAAUGAAAUUAAAAAUUAACCGAAUUUGUUGUUUGUGAUAAUCUGUGAUCAGUGAUUUAUAUACCCCUGUAUAUUUAUUAUUGCUGGAGAUUUUGAAGUUCUUUUAUUAUAUACGUACUUGAUAAAUAUUAUUUAUUAAUAUAAUAAUACUGAUACGACCGAACUGCAAGAACAAUUAAAUAACCAAAGACCGAACUUAACGUGAAAGGUCAAACCUAACGUGCCUUAAUUUAUUUGUACCUUUGAUAAGUAAAAAUAUGUAAAUAAGUAUUAAAAUA